AUGCGCUUCCCGUUCGCACGUGGAAAGUUGAAGACCAAGAAAAGUUUACCACGUAAUCGUUGGGCACGUUCUGUCUCUUAUCACUUGGACUCAAAUGUCUACACUCUGGACCUGGAGAAAGGCUACCAGCCACUCGACCUCAACACCAGCCUCAUGCUAGGCAGAAAGCAGGCAGUGUAUGGAGAGAAUGUAGAAUAUAGCGGAAUGGGACCCACAGACAACAACUUCAACUCCCUCACGCCACCUGCUGCUCUUAAAGUCACCUACAGAUGCUCAAUACUGAUGAACGACACAGUCAGAUGCGAUGGUGGAUUAUAUAAAUCUCUACAAGCAUGGAAAGAUCACAAACUACACAUUGAGCAUGAGAUUGAGACAUUGCAGACCAAAAUAAAGAAUCUCAGAGAGGUGAAAGGACAUCUAAAGCAGGUUCGACCGAAAGAGUGUGAAUGCAACCAAAACAUGUAUCAACACAACAAUAGGGCACUGUUCAAACUCAAAUCAGGCCGGAUGCAUUCUGUCAAUAGAAAGACCUCCAAAGAUAAGAAACAGUGGCUGAUGAAAGAGCAGAAACGCAGGAAAAAGCUGAGGAAGCUCCUGAAGCGCCUCCAUAAUAAUGACACUUGCAGCAUGCCUGGCCUCACCUGCUUCACCCAUGACAACCAGCACUGGCAGACCGCCCCCUUCUGGACAAUCAUGCAAUUCUGA